AUGAAGUUGUAUUAUUUAUCAUUAUUGUGUUUAUUUCUACUGUUGAAUAUCAAUUUCACAAUCGCAGCUCCCACCGCGCCAGUUUUAACUCCUGCUGAAGAUCCUUUUUAUGCUGCACCAGAUAAUAUAGAUGAUUAUCAAUUAGGAGAUAUUAUCAGAUCAAGAGUUUCACCACAUUCAUUAAGAAGUAUCUAUCUUAAAAUCAACGUUAAGAAUGCUUGGCAAUUAUUAGUUAGGUCGGAAGAUUCGUUUGGAAAUGCCACUGCUAUAGUAUCAACGAUCAUAGAACCUUAUAAUUCAAAUUCAUCUCGAUUACUUUCUUAUCAAGUGGCUGAAGAUUCUGGAAGUCCAAAUUGUGGGAUGUCUUAUGCAUUCCAAUAUGGGGCUUCUAUGUCGACAGUUAUUACACAAUUAGAAAUGUAUUUUAUACAGAGUGCUUUACAAAGUGGUUGGUUUGUUAAUGUACCUGAUUAUGAAGGUCCUAAGGGUGCCUUCACUGCAGGAAGACAAGCUGGUCAUGCCGUAUUAGACUCCAUAAGAGCAGCUUUAAAUUCUGGUAAUUUCACAGGGGUACAAGAAGAUGCUCAAGUUACUGCUUGGGGUUAUUCUGGUGGUUCAUUAGCUAGUGGAUGGGCAGCUGCUCUUCAACCUGAUUAUGCUCCAGAACUUACUGAUUCAAUUAUUGGUGUCGCAGUAGGUGGAUUUGUUACCAAUAUUACUGAAACUGUUAUAGCUCAAGAUGGAAAACUUCUUGCUGGUUUAAUUCCUUCUGGUAUUAAUGGUCUAAUGCACGAAUAUCCUGAAUUAAAUACAUAUGUUAGAAGUGAAAUCAAUCCAGAUAAACUUCAAGACUUUUUACUAGGCGGGACAUAUUGUAUGUUACCAUCCUUACUUCAUUUUACCGAACAUCAUUUUUUCAGUGGUGAUAAUGAAUACUUCGAAAACGGUUAUGGAGUCUUUGAUGAUCCAAUUGUUGUCAAUAUAUUGAACGAAAAUACAUUAGCCCUUCAUAAUAAUACAGAAAUUCCAACUGUUCCUUUAUUUAUCUAUCAAGGAGAACUUGAUGAUGUGGUUCCAAUCGAUAAUACCUAUAGAACUUACAAUAAUUGGUGUGCAUGGGGUGCUAAUUCUAUUGAAUUUUCACCCGAUUUGGUCAAUGGACACAUUUCUGAAUUUGCUUUAGGAGCACCUGCUGCUUUGGCAUGGUUAACUGAUCGUUAUGAAGGAAAACCUACUGUUAAAGGUUGUCAAAAAACGGAAAGAAUUAAUAACUUAUUCUAUCCCGGCGUUACAGAUGCCAUGCGUGAAUUGUACGAAAGUGCUUAUCAAAGUGUCCGUGAUCUUCCAAUUGGACCAAAAAAUAGCACUGUUGCUGAUAUAGACAAUUUAAAAAGAAGAUCACUUAAGCGUGAAUAUGAUAUUUAG